AUGGCAAUAGCUAAUAAUAUGGUGUCAGUUUCUAUUCCCGAGGGGAAAGUGAAUAAUAUUUCAGGAAAUAUGAACGUGGCUUCUAAUAGAUUGGAAAUUAUUCACUAUUCAACACCUGCAAUAUCAACAUCUCUACACUCAUUUGUGACUGCUGGAGUCUUAGCAACAACUCUAGCUGCUGCAACUCUUUCACUUUCCUCCACAAAUCUCGGAGCAAUCGCGAGUAAUACUUACAUUGCUUCCGAUGCAUCAAAAAAUCUACAUGGAAUGAUAGGACUCCUGCAAGUUUUUGUCCUUUCAGACUGGCUAUUAGCUGAUCAAACCAUUGAAUAUUCUGAGACAACAAAAGGUCUUAGGUGGCUCAUACCUCGACAGAAACUUCCCUGGAAAAAGAAUGGCUGUUCAUUUUGGCCUCACAAUGUUUAUUUGGAUCAAGGGAGGCUCCUAAAGAGAUCCUUUAGAGCUUACCGUGACAUUCAGUUCAUUAACCCAUCAAACAUGCCACAAAAGUUACGAUUUCCAUCCGAAAUUGACCCAAACUUCCAUGGAAGGCACAACAUAAGCAAAGAAAAUACUCCUUUUGGACUACCUCUAACUUCAAAUGAAUACUUCACCUUUUUCUUGAGAGGAGAACCAUUAUCUUCUGGUAAUGUUGUCAAAAAAAUGCAGAACUAUAAAGGGUGGCAGGACAUGGAGCUGAACUUGUUCUGGCUUAGCAUAGGAGUUGGUAGUUUGCUAAUGCUUCACUUCGCACUGUUAGUUUUCUUAAGAUGGAGGAUAGGUGCAGCAGCUCAAUGGAUGAUUUCGGUUCCGAGAUUUGAGCUCCUCCUUUUAAUUCUCGCACUGCCUUGUAUAUCUCAGUCUGCUGCAUUUGUAAUAAGAGGUCGUACAAUUGAAGGGAUCAUCACUGGAGCUUUGUUUCUAGCUAUCCCUGCGGCCUUCAUUUUAUCGAUCAGAUAUGUCACUGCAGAGGAGCAAUGGUGUAAGAAAUUGUGGUUCAUUAUUGUGGGAAGACCUGCUUAUGGAAGAUGGUUUUUUAUGGAUGGACUGCCUUCAUCAUUACUUUCUUGCUUUGGCAUUCUAUUUGAGGAUCACAAGGGUCCUCCAAUGUAUAUUUUUGUUGACCAGAAUGACACAAACAUUAUGCAUAGGUGGGUCGGGAGUGGUCAAAAUGGGAUCGGAAGAAUGAGAGCAGUCAGCUCGGAUGACAGACAUGAAGAAACGAAAAUUCCAUUGCCGACGAGGGUCUUAGGCUGUGCUCGAUCCUCCUAUAUCGUUAUUGAUCUUUUAAGAAGAGUCUGCUUGGGAGUGAUUGCUGGAUCCUACUCGACACACAGAUCAAGCCAAAGCCUUUGUGCAUUGAUGGUCACUCUGGUGCAGUUCAUAUGUUUAUUUACUCUCAAACCACACAAAAUGAGGGGAGUUUACAUUGUGGAAAGCAUUUCGCUGUUGAGUGAGGCUGGCAUGUUUGGUCUCUCCAUCAGUAUGAAUAAAUCGAAUUUGAUUAGGGAACAAACAUUGGGAUACCUAUUGCUGGCUCUCCUUUUCCUUUCCUUUGUUUCUCAGCUUGUAAAUGAAUGGUAUGCACUGAUAAAGUGCCUUCUAAAUCUGUCUAAGCCACAAAAAAGUUCUUUUAAACUCGGGUUGAAGUUUGCUGCCAAGGGUCUUCUGUUGCCUUUCCUCCCAAGGAAACCUUGGACAGGAGUCAUACCAAGUUCUUCAAAAGAGAAACCCGUCUUAGUUCCGGGCCUUCCUCAAACCAGGGAAACCGAGUUAGCAAGGAGUGGUCGAAGGGAACUCCAGGUCGGGCAAGUAAGUUCCAUGACUGCAACCAUAGUCCCACUGCUCAGUCCAGGUUCAGGCUUACCAAUUUUUCAAGCUACAGGCACAACUGCAGAGACAGCUCUCGUCGGACAAAAAAUAGAGGAAAGUACAAAGAAUGAUAUGAAGAAACUAAGGGAGAUGGCAAAGGCAAGUUUCUCAGGGAAAUCAAAGGAUGAGGAGAAGCUUAUUUUACAAUCUCUCUUACGAAAUUGUCUCAAAUGUUCCUCAAACCUCAACUUCUAA